AUGCCACCUUUGAAAAGAACAAGCUCAUGCACAGACAUUGGCUUUACUCUUCGUCGCCAAUUUCACAAGGAAGAUUUCAGGCCUCACCAGCGUGAAAUCAUCGAAGCUGCUCUCGACGGCUUUGACGUUUACGUCCAAGCAGCCACGUCCUUUGGUAAAAGUCUUUGCUUUCAGCUACCAGCAGUCAUCGACCAAGGCAUUACCAUAAUCAACCAAGUUGAAGCCCUAAAAGCCUCAGGUAUCGAAGCCAACUUUUACAGCAGCAUAACUCCUUAUGAUGAUCGGCGCCGCAUUGAGCGCGAUCUGGAGAGCGGGCAUCCAAGGACCAGGCUAUUGUAUGUCACGCCCGAGUUAUGUUCUGGCUCACGGUUUCGCGAACGGCUGCAGCUAGUCUACAAGCAAAAGGAGUUUGCACGUAUCGCCAUUGACGAAGCUCAUUGUGUGUCAGAAUGGGGCCAUGACUUUCGAAAAGACUUCAAACGUCUAUCUUGGUUUCGAGACACUUUCCCAGAUGUACCAAUAAUGUGUCUUACUGCUACGGCAAACCCGCAGGUUCGGCAAGACGUACUAUCUAUUUUAAAACUCGAUCAAACUCCAGAAAGAACAAGAGAGUUUUUGAUGAACCCUCAACGUCAAAACUUGCAUCUUGAAAUUCGGUACACCAAGGACGAAGAAGAUAACCGCCUACAGGAUUUUCUACGAUGGAUUAACGCUGUUUACGACCGUCGUAAACAUGGUGAGAGAAAGGCAGAACUCGAACAGGUGAAUGAAAGAGUCGAAAGUGUUCCUGGGAUUAUAUACACUAUAUCUCGGGAUGAAUGCGAGUCCCUGGCAGCCUCCCUUCGUUCAGAAGGCAUUGGGGCCAUGCCUUUUCAUGCCAGGCUCACCAAGGAAGUCAAAGAAGAAACACUCGCCCGGUGGAUAAAUAACGAGUCUGGGUACGAUAUCAUUGUUGCCACGACCGCCUUCGGCAUGGGUAUUGACAAGAAUAACGUACGUUUUGUUGUUCACUGGCGUAUUCCCAAGUCUUUCGAAGGCUACUACCAAGAAGCUGGCCGUGCUGGCCGAGAUGGCAAUGCAAGCUAUUGCUUUCUUUACUACAGCCGAGAAGACCUGGAGCGCGUCACGAGAUUGAUCAGAUCCGAUGCCAAAGCUGAGACGAAUCAGAUCGCCAGACUCAAGAGUUUGCAGGCGUUGGCUCAAUACUGCGAAGACACUGAUAAGUGUCGACAUGCUGCCAUAUGCAAAUACUUCGGAGAAUCUAGCACGCCGGACUGCGACUUUGCUUGUGAUUGGCACAAGGAUCCCCAAGAACUUGAGAUGAGAUUUAUGAGGGGCUUAGCAAGUGAAGAAUGGGUGAGCACGCAGGCGAUGCAGGGCACUUAUGAUGAUGGGUAUUAUGACGAGUAA